CACAACAACAACAAAUCCUAAUUUAGUGGGUUUUAUUAUCGCCUCUUCCUCUCAUCUUGUAAGAGUUCAGAAGACUGCGGUGGCUGCAGUAACUCGUGAUAUAACCGGAAGAGGAAAACCGAGCGUUUUACCGUCUUGGCCACGUUGAUCUUUCCAUCUCGUCCCCUCGGGGGUGUUUUUCACUGCUCGGUUUCACCGCCUUCUAAUCCGCCUAUUUAAACGCCACCGUAGCAACCGCGGUGAUUGACAGCCGGACAUAUCCACUUAGGGGGACGUCACUAUCUUUCGCGGUCGUGUAAACCAACCAAUAUCUUUCUCCUGAUUUCACGGAGCAUUUAUAUUGGUCCAGCGGUUUAGUAUUUUAAACCAAUUACGUUGUUUGUAAAACCAGAGGACACGUCACUUAGAAACGUUCUGACGUCACCCGGUGUUUUUUUUUUUUUUUGUUCCCUCCCUUUGCGGUGCGCGUGACCGCGCAUGCGUAAAAUCUACCUCUAUUUUGAUGGAUAGGCGCUUGUCCAAUCAGAUUUAGUGUUUGGGGGGGAGGAAGGGGAGGGGCCGGAUCGCGGAUUUUUUUACUUUUUUUUCCCCGUUUGUUUUGAUCGACAAAUGUUUCGUUCAAUCGGUUUCUGCUUCGUACACCGGUUGGACAGAUUGAUGGCGCCGCGGUGCUUGUUAUUAUUCUGUGUUUAAGAUGCUAGCGGGUUUUAUCCUAUAGCUGUGCGGAGACGGGGAGGGAGUUAGCGUUACUAAGGCCAGUCUUGUGUCCGGUAUAAGGGAAUAACAGUAUGGUGCCUUAACGGUGGUUUGUUUACCUGGCGAAGGAAAUGACUUGGAACAAACAACAGCCCUUAUCUAUAUUCACUUGUACAAAACCAACUCUGCUAUUUUUUACUUUGAGCUUGGCAUGUAAAUAGUUUAUGUACUGAUGUGCCAUUGUUACAAAUGGAAAGGGAUUUUCACUUUGGGAACGUGAGCAUAUCCCUAGUGCUCAUGUUGUUUUUAAGGGCUCUGACUGGGACGUCUCCAACUCUGAGUUUUACCACCGGGAGAGAGCCUCAAACCGCAGCCGCUCUGGGGUCACACACAGCCGGGGAGGAUGGAAACCAAGGGGUGUUGGUGGAACGGGGCUUGGAAAGUAUCCGUGGUCCUCUUCCGGGUGUUAUCGGGGACGUGACCGUGGAGGAUCAUGACGAUGAGAACGGGGCGACCGGGAACGGUGAGGAGUCGUACGGAGAAAGUGAUGAAAACAUCAGACCGAAACGCCCUCUGGUGAUCAUCAGUACUCUGGACGGUCGUAUCUCAGCUCUAGACCCCUACAACCAGGGACGCAAACAGUGGGACCUGGACGUAGGGUCAGGAUGUCUGGUCUCAUCCAGCCUCAGCAAACCAGAGGUGUUUGGUAAUAAGAUGUUCAUCCCGUCGUUGGACGGAGCGCUGUUCCAGUGGAAUAGAGACAGGGAGAGCAUGGAAGCUGUUCCCUUCAGUGUCGAGUCUCUCCUGGAGUCGUCCUUUCGCAUUGGGGACGACACGGUCCUGGUGGGGGGCAAGAGUCUCACGAGCUACGGUCUGGGAGCCUACAGCGGCAAGCUGAGGUAUAUCUGCUCAGCGGUUGGCUGUAGCCGCUGGGGGGAGGAGGAAACGGAGCCUGAGGAUGUGUUGCUGCUGCAGAGAACCCAGAAGACUGUCAGGGCCGUCCGACCACGCUCCGGCUUGGAGAAGUGGAACUUUAGCGUGGGGAGCUUUGAGCUGAGGUUUGUUCCCGAAAAACAGCUGACCAGCAACUUCCUGGAGGGAGAGAUGGCGAGCGGCGAGGCCAUGUGGAAGGAAGAGCAGAGGAGCAGUGGGCAGAAGGUUAUCAUGGAGGAGACCACAGACAACCACAGACACACGCACACUGACACACCCGGGUCUGGGAUACCAGACCUAGUCAUCAAGGUCUCUGUUCCUGACUGGAAGGUGAUGGCCUUCAGCACCCAGCCUGGAGGAAAGCUGGUCUGGGAACAGCAGUUCUGCACGCCCAUAGCCUCUGCCUGGUUGGUUGGCGGAGGGAAGGUAACGGCCAUCAGCCUGUUUGAUGACACGCCUUACAGCAGUCGUCCUGAUGCGGAGGAGCAGCAGGAGGAGGAGGACGAGGACAUUAUGGAGGCGGCACGUGGAGCUAUGGAGUCCAGCGUAUACCUGGGUAUGUAUCAGGGCCAGCUGUACCUGCAGUCGUCCGUCAAGAUCUCAGAAAAGUUCCCAUCUAAAGCCCUAAACGGGCCCGGACCAGACCCGGACAACAUCCCAACCAUCAGAUGGAAACCCCUCAUACAUUCUCCAUCUCGGACUCCUGUGCUGGUUGGUUCUGAUGAGUUUGAUAAGUGUCUGAACAACGACAAGUUCUCUCAUGAAGAAUACAGCAACGGCGCUCUGUCAGUCCUGCAGUACCCGUAUGACAACGGGUACUACUUCCCGUACAGUAAGCGUUACCGUGGGCGACGCGGCGUGGCGGAGGUGUCUCUGCUGAAGGAUGGCGGUGCGGCGGUAGAGAGGAGGAGGAAGGAUCCGGUCCUGUUACUGCCUUGGUGGAAAGAGAUCCUAGGGACCAUGGUGUUCUGUAUCGCUGCUACCACCUAUAUAGUCAGGAAGUUCUUCCACCCCACUGCCCCGGUCGAAUACGUACGGCAACGCAAGGAGUCGGAGACUCAGUGUCAGACCGACAGCAAGUAUGACCUUGAGGUGGCCGAACCCAAAGAGACUGUUGUCAUGGAGAUCCGCCCCAGUGAAUACGUAUCCAGGUACCUGACAGACUUUGAGCCCGUUCAGUGUUUGGGUCGAGGAGGGUUUGGUGUCGUGUUCGAGGCUCGGAACCAGGUGGACGACUGUAACUAUGCCAUCAAGAGGAUACGACUUCCCAACAGAGAGCUAGCCAGGGAGAAGGUGAUGAGAGAGGUGAAGGCUCUGGCCAAGCUGGAACAUCCAGGGAUCAUCCGGUACUUCAACGCCUGGCAGGAGAGCCCUCCAGAGGGCUGGCAGGAGGGACAGGACCAGCGCUGGCUGGAGGAGAGCACUACCGACUGGCCACUGAGCUCCCCCGACCACAUGGAGGUGCUGUCUGUCAAAGUGCCCAUCUCUUCCGUCUCCAGCCCUGUGAGUUCUGCGUCUGGCUUGGACGGGGCCUUCAUGACUGACCACGACCAAUCCAUGCUCUCCAGAUCUGCAGGCGGGGCCAUGGGAUUUGGCUGCGGGGCUAUGGACUUCAGAGUCGGGACUGAUCUCCCCUUCCCCCUGCCAAUUGGUCAGGACAGUAUGAUGUCAGAGCUGGAUAGCCAACCAGACCCGGAGGCCUCGACUUCUGACACGCCCCACUCCUUUGAGCUAUGCCCCCCCCGCGGCCCAAGCGACUGCACCUCAUCCUCCUUUGACAUCGUGUUCGAGGACUCGGGCUGCGACCGUGACGCCGACCCUGACCCUGAGGUCAUGACCCCCUCAGAAGCCUCCGUAUUGGCCAAUACCCCACUCACUGAGAAGGCUAGCUCCUCCUCCUCCCACACCAGAAGAACCGACCCUUUCCCCGUACCCGUCCCACCCUCCUCCCCCUCCAUCCCUCCCUCCUCCUCCUCUCCUCCACGCCCCACCUCCCUCUGCCUGGCCCCAAGCCCCUCCCGGACCCCCCCAACCCUGAGGCCCCAGCCUUCUCCUAAGGUGUACCUGUACAUUCAGAUGCAGCUGUGUCGUAAAGACACCUUAAAGGAUUGGAUGUCUCAGAGAUGUCUGCCUGAACACAGGGAACGUUCUCAGUGUCUGGGCAUAUUUCUGCAGAUCUCUGAGGCCGUUCACUUCCUCCACAGCAAGGGCCUGAUGCACAGAGACCUCAAGCCCUCCAAUAUCUUCUUCACAGUGGAUGAUGUGGUGAAGGUUGGAGACUUUGGUCUGGUGACAGCCAUGGACCAGGAAGAGGAUGAGGAUGAUUCAGGACCCCUAACUCCCAUGCCCAGCUACGCGCGUCACACUGGACAAGUCGGCACCAAACUAUACAUGAGCCCAGAGCAGUUGUCUGGUGACUUGUACUCUCACAAAGUGGAUAUCUACUCUCUGGGUCUGAUCCUGUUUGAACUGCUCUGUCCCUUCAGGACACAGAUGGAGAGAGUCAGAACUCUGACUGAAGUCCGAGGGCUACAGUUUCCUGCUGUCUUCGCCAAGAACAACGUCCAGGAGCUGGGCAUGGUCCGCAGCAUGUUGUCCCUGAACCCGGCGGAGCGUCCUGAGGCUGCUGACAUCACGGAGGAGCCUCUGUUUCAGGAACUGGAAGUCCCGUGUCGCCUGGCGGUCCGACAACGAUCCCGGACAUACAGCGCCUCGUCAGCCGGAUGGCCUGCGCGCACCUCUAUUGCCUCUUCCUGAACACACACGCAAACACACACACACACACACACACACACACACACACACACACACACACACACACACACACACACACACACGCCAGUCACCCCCUGUUCCCCCAUUCCCAGUCUAAUGCCAGACAGAACCACCUUCUCCCUCUUACACACCACCAAAGAGACCCUGUAGGACAUCUCUCUCACAUCGUUCCCAUCGGUAACCCUUCUACAGUAACCCUUCUACAGUAACCCUUCUCUCACACUGUUUGUUCAUUCAAUCUCUCCCUCGUGUUGAACCCUGUUGAAUCCUGUUGAAUCCUGUAACCAUAUCAACCAUAUCUAGAUGACACCUUGUUCUAACAUGAACUGUCCUUAACAACUGGUAACUAGUACUGGUAACUAGUACUGACAACUAGUACUGAGAACUGGAGACUGAGAUGCCUGAUUUGGGAGAAAAACCCUUUUCCUGUUUGUUCUGUUAAAGGUGAUUUAAAUGCAUUGCUUAGGCCUUAGGAGGUUUGUGAGGUGUUAACUGCCUUGGACCAGGAGACCUGCUCUGAACUCCUCUACUAGAAUGAAUGAAUGAAUGGUGCUGGGUCAUGUUUCUAUAGCAUGGUUACGAUGGGGAUCACAGGGCUGUCCGGGACUAACAAAUCCUCACGCUUUUCUUUUUUGUUGUUGUUGUUGUUGUUGUAAAUGUAGAAAGUCAAAUCUGUUUAAGUUGCUAGCCAGAGCAGGACAAUAAUUUUCCAAAAUGUUCUCCCUGCCAAUGUUUUGUAAAUAAGUAAAAAAAAAAAAAAUGCAAAUGAUUGUAUGUUGUUAAAAAGAGAAGGUGUGGUCACACCUGUGUAUAUACUGACUGAGACUGUAAUACGGUUCCAUUGCUUUGUGAAUGGCACUGACAGAAUGAAGCACUAUGAUGUCCGAUGAUGGUAGAGAGAUGACAGCUGCACUUUAUUGCUAGCUUCAAUGUGAUCUGAUCUCUUAAGCCCGGAGGAUACUGUGUCAUAGACAUUGUUCUUUCUAUCUAAGAAAUAGAAUGGAGAGUCAUUUUGUAUUUCUAAGAUAACUGUCACCUAGUGCCAGAUUCAAUCCGAUCACAUUCGGUCCGCUCUGCACGUUUUAAAGGCAAUAUUCCCAUGUUUGCGUAGGCCACAUUCACGGAAAACGCUCCGUAUGUUUAUUUAUUUUAUUUUUUUAAUAUUUUUUUUCACCUUUAUUUAACCAGGUAGGCCAGUUGAGAACAAGUUCUCAUUUACAUGUUGUCAUCUCAUGUUGGCUUGAUUAGAACUUGCCUUUAAAUGUCAAUUGCUCUAUAAUGCGGAUCUCUCCGCAGUCUGUAUUUCAUUUAGGCCCUGAACAAGAAUGAACUGAUUCUAAGUUAAGGAGGACCUCCCAACAACAUGUUGGACCUGACAGCUUUCAUUAUGUGAUAAACACCAUGUUUUCUCCUCUGGACAGGAGAGCAGUGCUUUAGAAAAGUCUUAUGAAGUCCUUGUUACUCUUAUCACUGAUAAUUGUAAUGUACUAUAAUUAUUGUUUUAUCAAUUGUGCUUUUUCUAAUGAUUUUUUGACAGGCUUUUUUUAUAUAUAUAAUCCUGCAAGCUUUUUUGAUUACUGUAAAUUUUGUCUUUGACUGAAGAAGCUGAUAAAUUUACAACAGCAGAGAUCUGGUUCUGUUGUGUGGAGAUGUUGAGUAGAGAUGACAGAGAGUCUGCUGAGGUAGAUCUGGUUCUGUUGAGUGGAGAUGACUGAGAGUCUGCUGAGGUAGAUCUGGUUCUGUUGAGUAGAGAUGACAGAGUCUGCUGAGGUAGAUCUGGUUCUGUUGAGUAGAGAUGACAGAGAGUCUGCUGAGGUAGAUCUGGUUCUGUUGAGUGGAGAUGUUGAGUAGAGAUGACAGAGAGUCUGCUGAGGUUUGGUCAAAAUAAAAUCACUUAUUUUUGAUUUUUUUUAUAACCCAAACUGGGUUGAACCAAAUGGAACCAAUAAGGCUGAAACAACAGGGAGGGACCUAGCUGAACUUGUCCAAUAAAACUCUGGUUUUCCAUUGCAAAACGUUUUGUUACGGUGUGCACUAAGGAAUACACCCCUGGUUUAAAUGUUCUAGAUGUUCUAGAAUGUUCUAGACUAGAUCAAGUUCUUACAGUUUAUAACCUUUUUUCCUUUGACCUACUGUAUCCGAGUCCCAGCAAAGGGGGUUGUUUUAUUUGUAUUCAUGUUUUAUGGACUAUAUGAAGGAAUUACCGUUCUCUGACUUUACCUUCAAACUCUGAGAACAUCUGCGCAAGUACCUAAAUUGUAUUUCUGUCUGUCUGCAAUCGAGAGUAUCCAAGACCUUUAGAUAAUACUGUCAUCUCUGCUUUUAGUUCUAGAGGUAGUGUUAUAAAUGACAACUAUAGUUGAAUUAGUUUAUAAGAUAGUUAUCUAACGGAUAUUAAGUUUUUCUGUCUCUUCCACCCUCCUCUCCUUUCUUCUUCUCUCCUCUCUUCUUCUCUCCUCUCUUCUUCUCUCCUCUCUUCUCUCCUCCCUUCUUCUCUCCUCUCUUCUUCUCUCCUCUUCUUCUCUCCUCUCUUCUUCUCUCCUCUCUUCUCUCCUCU